ACACACACUCUCUCUCUCUCUCUCUCUCUCUAGUCCUCAAGAAAACACAAAAACUCAUUUUCUGCAAUUAUUCAUUUGCGUUCAAUUCAAUCCCAAAUCCCAUCCCAAAUCCCAAAUCCCAAUCACAGUUCAUUAAUUCCAUCCAUCCCCUCUAUCCGUCCCCAGCUGCACGAAUCGAUCAAUACGCACACACGCGAAGCUUCUCUCUUCUGUACUGUAAUUAAUAAACUUUUUUUAAUGGUUUUGCUUCGUCGUUGUGCGUCUGAAGUGAAGCUCUGAGCUUUUCUCUGCAAGCUGAACUUGGGUUUCUUGUUCUGCUACAGCCAUUGCUGGUUUUGUAUGCUUCUUUUACUUAUAUCUGCUAACUGGGUUGACUGGAGAGCCUUUUUUCACUUCUGUUGGUUCUUGAAAAUGUGGGUUUUGUUUGAUUGGUGGUUGUCGUGUAAGAACUGGAGAAAGAACCAUCAGAAUCAGAUCUCGGUGAUUUUUGCUUAGUUUUUAGGGGAAGAGCCUCCCCACCAGCACAAUGCAUGGGUACAGCAGGCUUGGCAGUGGGAGGCCUUCUUUGCCGGCGUCUCCAUCGACAGUUACACCGACCGCCUCAGCGUCUCCUCCGUUGUCGCCAAGAUUACGCCAUUGCCGCAACAAGAACACUGGAUUUGGUACUCGUGUCCUGAAGCCGCAGGAGUCAUUUUGGGGGUGGUUCGCUUACGUUUUUUUUUCCACUGUUCUUCGCAGACGAGGCAUUCUGCUUUUUGCUCCGUUCAUGUACAUUUUAGGGAUGUUGAUGUAUAUGGGUUCUUUGAGUUUUGAAGAUUCAACUGGGGGACUUGUGGUUGAUCAGUCUCCACCUCCUCCUGGUUCAACUUAUCGUAGUCCUCAGGUUUUUGAGAAGCUCUGGCCGUUUAUGCAGCUUGAUGGCAACCGUAGCUCCAAUGCGUUAAUGACGACAUGGCAUCCAAAAUCACGUCAAAGAUGGAAACCAUGUGUAAACAGAAGUUUUUCUCAAGCAGGUUUCUCAGAAUUGCCAAGAUCAAAUGGCUUCCUCAUUAUUGAAGCAAAUGGUGGUUUAAAUCAACAACGCCUAUCUAUAUGUGAUGCAGUGGCUGUGGCGGGGUUACUGAAUGCUACACUUGUUACUCCAAUGUUUCAUUUGAAUAGUGUUUGGCAGGAUUCCAGUAAGUUUGGGGAUAUAUUUGAUGAGGAGUUCUUUAUAUCCGCACUCAGAAAUCAUGUGAAAGUGAUCAAAGAGGUUCCAGAAGAUAUACUUCAGCGGUUUGACAACAAUAUAAGCAACAUCAUAAAUUUGAGAGUUAAAGCAUGGUCUAGUCCAACUUACUAUCUGGAAAAGGUGCUUCCAAAGUUGUUGCUGAUGGGGGCAGUACGUAUUGCUCCCUUCUCAAAUAGAUUAGCUCAUUCAGUGCCAUCAAGUAUCCAGGGCCUCAGAUGUUUGGCUAAUUUCGAAGCAUUGAAGUUUUCAGAACCAAUAAGGGCUUUGGCAGAGAGUAUGGUUGAUCGGAUGGUUAAGAAUAGCUCCAUUAGUGGUGGAAAGUACAUUUCUGUGCAUCUUCGGUUUGAAAAGGAUAUGGUUGCAUUUUCAUGCUGUACUUAUGAUGGUGGUUCGGAAGAGAAAGAUGAAAUGGAUAUUGCCAGAGAAAAAGGUUGGAGGGGAAAAUUUAAAAAAACUGGUCGAAUAAUAAAGCCCGGUGCUAUUCGGUUGGAUGGGAAAUGCCCAUUAACUCCUAUUGAGGUGGGAAUGAUGCUUAGGGGCAUGGGUUUCAACAAUAAUACCUCAGUAUAUGUCGCUGCUGGAAAAAUCUAUAAGGCAGAAAAGUAUAUGGCCCCCCUUCGACGGAUGUUUCCACGUUUAGAAAUGAAGGAAACUCUAGCCUCACCCGAUGAACUUGCUCCAUUUCAGUUUGUGAUGCAGGGUCAUUCAUCAAGGCUGGCUGCUCUUGAUUACACUCUGUGCCUUCAUAGUGAGGUAUUUGUCACAACUCAAGGUGGAAACUUUCCUCACUUCUUGAUGGGUCACAGGCGCUUCCUUUAUGGUGGACACGCAAAGACAAUCAAACCUGAUAAGAGGAAGUUAGCUCUGCUGUUUGACAGCCCAAAUAUCAGAUGGGAAAACUUCAAGAGCCAGAUGCACGAAAUGCUUCGUCAUAGUGAUUUGAAGGGCAGUGAUGUGAGAAAACCGAGUAGCUCACUCUACACCUUCCCAAUGCCAGAUUGCAUGUGUAAAACAGGAACAAGAACCGUGGAAAGUAACACGACGAUUUUUUAAAUCGGAAGAGAUACAUCAUACAAUGCCUAGAUUUCUUUUUUGGUGUAAGUUUGUAGCAUCCAUCAGCCCCAUUUGGUUGUCAAAUUCUUUGUUUUUUUUCUCCCUCCCUCUUGUCUUCACAAUUGGAAGAGGGAAGCAUUGUUAGUGUUUUCAUUCUAUUGUCUUUGGAUAUUGUAAUUUGAUUAUUCAUUGUAUAUGAUACAGCUACAUAUUAAUAUGAUAAAAAUUCUUUGUAA